AGCAUGUGGAUAUGGUUACUUGAUCUGAGCAUCACACUCAAACAGCGUCCAACGAACAAAAAGGGGGAAAAUGGCGCUACAAUCCCAGUUUUUAUGUUCCUUUUUCAGCGGCAAAGUUGGAGAUGCACACAGUGUUCCAUUGUUUCCCAGUCCCAGCCAGUACACCUUCAGAAUCAGAUCGCAGAAAGCUUCUGAUUCUGAGGAUCCGGCUCCGUCCAGCAAGAAAGGAUUCGGGUCAUCGAAUUCCAAUGAGAGUGCUGCAGCAGUAUCAACAAGCAGCAGUAAGAAGAAGCAGAAGAAGGGUAAAAGAGAAAGAGCCUCCAUAAUUCGAAGGACUCCAGUGGAAAAGCCCGCGUUUGUGUCACAAGAGGAUAAAGCUGAGGCGAAGGAGCAGAGCAAGAACGAAAGCGCUUUCAUUCUAGCCUGGCUUGGUUUUGGUCUUGUCAUUCUUGUUGAGGGCAUCUCUCUUGCUGCUUCCGGGUUCCUGCCAGAAGAGUGGGACAAGUUGUUUGUGAAGUAUCUUUAUCCGUCCUUCACGCCUACGGUUUUCUUGUUUGUUGCGGGAGCAGUUGCAUAUGGAGUGUUCAAAUAUCUGCAGAAUGAGAAUAUCACACGACAGAAAUAAAUGACAAGAAGGAAAUUACAGUAAGAGCCACUCAUCUUUGAUCCCUAUGCAACAAUCCAAGCUUCCAUCCUCACCAAGUUUUAAUGAGGUUUUUGAAAGCCACUCAUACUAUGUUGUAAUUAAUUUCAUCACCCUUUUUAGCCGCAAUUGGUUCCCUUUUUUAACUUGGUGCUGUUUGGAUGUUGAAUAUUCUUAACUUAGAUCUCUUCAUUUAUUAGAAUUCUGGUUUGUUUUGCUCCUUAUUCUGUAUAAAGCAACAACUAGACCAUGACUUCCACCAUGGCCUAGAUUAAAUUCA